GUCCAAACAAAACAUAAACAUGCGUUGCUAAAGAGACCUCCACCUUUGCCAGUUGGAAAGCAACCCUUGGAAUUAAAUCAUCAUCACCAGCUAGAUUGUCUCUUUUGGCGAGGACGCAGCAUGCGCUCGACGCUGUACGACUAACAAGAUCCGAUAUUUAUUCUGUUUAAUUUCUUUUAAUUUCUUUCCUUUUCUUUCCCCCGCGUUCGCCGUCCGCCCUCGCGCGUGACAACAUCGUCUCAGUAAACAAUGGCGACAAUCAACUUCGACAUCAACGAUGCGCUCAAGCAUUACAUGUCGGAUCCGGCCACGAUUCCCACGCCGGAAGCCGACAGAGAUCUCUUCGACUGCGAAAAUGACCCCGAAGCCCUCACCAACCAGGUCCUCAACCCCGUCCUCAACCCCAUUGUGGACGCUGUCGCCGACAACCCAGAUGCCAUUAUGCGGGCGUCAAGCAUGGACUCGCUGCAGUUCUUGCUCAAGUUCUCGUCCUUUCUCCCGACCCACGCCCUCAGCAAAGUGUUCGACUUGGUCAUGAGCGGUCUCAGUGCCGAAGCCGACGCCAUUAACAACGACCUCGAUUCACCAGACGAGCAGGAGUCGCUCACACAUCACAAGCAGCUGCUCGAAAUAUACGGCUUUCUUCUCCAAUGGACCAUUGCCGCCGUCGAGGCCAAGGCUGCAGAGAAGUCUUCGGCUGCUCCCGUAGCCCGCAGAGGCACCAAGGCCAAGAAGGGCGCUCCCAAGGACGAUGCCUGGGACUCGGCCGCCCAGCUCCAGGCCGCUCUCGACAUCAUGUGCAAGGUCAUGAAGCUUAAAUUGUCCAAGAUCUUUGUCACGACAAGCGAGAGAGACACAUUCAUCGGUCUCUUGACCAGACCCGUCUACAUGGUGCUGGAGAGUGAGCAGCGCGUCAAGGCGACGUCGAUCCGCAUGCACUGCUUCAAGGUGCUUUGCAUGGCCGUCAAGCACCAUGGCCACGGCUAUGCCGCGCAGAUCAACGUCAUCCAAAACUUGACAUACUUUGAACACCUGUCGGAGCCCAUGGCUGAGUUUUUGCACAUUCUGGCCGACACAUACGACUACCCUCAGCUUGCCGACGAGGUGUUGCGAGAAAUCAGCAACAAGGAAUUCAACUCCAACGAUACAAAGGGCCCCAAGUCGGUGUCGACAUUCAUUGCCAAGAUUUCCGAACUCGAGCCUAGAAUCGUCAUCAAGCAGAUGACCAUGCUUGCCAAGCAGCUCGACAGCGAGUCGUAUACUCUGCGUUGCGCGCUCAUUGAGGUCUGCGGUAACAUGAUUAGCUACCUUAGUGUCCAGGAGGACCGCACGGAGAACCAAAAGACACAGCUUGACGCCUUUUUUGACGUUUUGGAGGAGCGCUUCUUGGAUAUCAACCCUUACUGCCGUUGCAGAGCGCUACAGGUCUACAUGAAGAUUUGCGAGCUGGAGCAAAAGUUCCCCAAGCGCCGCCAAAAGGCUGCUGAGCUUGCCUGCCGCAGCUUGGAGGAUAAGAGCAGCAAUGUCCGCCGCAAUGCCAUUAAGCUCCUGGGCACCCUCAUCAAAACACAUCCCUUCCACGUCAUGCACGGCGCCCAGCUGUCUCGCAAGGAGUGGCAGGACCGUCAUGACAAGGUUGAGGAAGAGCUUAAUUCUCUCAAGCCCCCUCCUGGCAUGCCUGGCUUUGACCCCGAUGCUACUUCUACCAAGGGCCUCCUUGAUGAGGACCCUGACGCAGAGUCGCCCAAGAAGCCUCAGGACAUGACGGACGAGGAAAAGCUGGCGGCCAUUAACAAGGCCCAGACUGAGGCCGCUACGAGCGAGGCCAUCCAGAAGCUCACCCUCACUCGCCGCUACUACAACGAGGCGCUCAAGUUUAUUGACGUCCUGCACGAUGCAACCAUCAUCAUCUGCCAGCUGCUUGGCUCCCGCAACAAGAGCGAAGUCAUUGAGGCUAUUGACUACUUUGAGGUUGGCGAUGCCUACAACAUUGAGCAGAACAAGCUAGGUAUUCGCCGCAUGCUUCGCUUGAUCUGGACCAAGGGCAACAGCGAUGAAGGCAAGGGCGUGCAGACACACCUUAUUGAGUGCUACCGCCGACUCUUCUUUGAGGCUCCCGACUCAUUCAGCGCCAACGAUGCUUCGAAUUACAUUGCCCGCAACAUGAUUAGUCUGACAUUUGGCGCGACCCCCGCCGAGUUAACUUCCCUCGAGCAGCUGCUGGCCACCAUGAUGAAGGGCAACCUCAUCCCCGAGGCCGUCAUUGCCAAGCUAUGGCAGGUAUAUGGCGUUCAGAGGCGCGAGAUUUCCAAGAACCAGCGCCGCGGCGCUAUCAUGGUGCUUGGUAUGCUGGCUACGGCCAACCCGGAGAUUGUGGUGGGAGAAAUGGAGAUUAUGCUUCGCACUGGCCUCGGUGCCUUUGGCCGUAGCGAUUUGCAACUGGCAAAGUACACUUGUAUUGCGCUGCGCCGCAUCAACCCGACUGGCCGCCAGGGCAAGGAGGCCACAGCCAAGUUCUCCCGCCUGCCCAAUGACCACGCCGUCUGCCUGCGCCUUGCUGCCAUUACCGAGGUGCCCUCGGAGAGCAAGGAGUGGUACGGAGUGGCAGAGCAGGCUAUUAAUGCCAUCUACGCCAUCUCGAAACACCCCGACACGCUCUGCUCAGACGUCAUUCGCCGCAAAACCCGCCACGUCUUUGGCGGAUCGGCUUCUAGACCGACGUCGAGAGAUGAGACACAGCCUAUGCAAGAUGGAGAGCCUACUGUGACACAGCCCGAAAAGACGAGCAAGCGAGACAAUGCGGUGGCGCUGUCUCAGUUACUGUUUAUCGUGGGCCACGUUGCCAUCAAGCAGAUUGUGCACUUGGAACUGUGCGAGCUCGACUUCAAACGUAGAAAGCAAGAAAAGGAGAAGCAGGCGGCGGCCAAGCCUGACAAGGAAAAGGAGGACGCUGAUGAGCUGGACCUGAUUGGCGGCACAACGGAGGACGACUUUACCGAGGCCAUGACGCAUAUUCGCGAGCGAGAGCUGCUGUACGGCCCCAACUCGCUGCUGGCCAUGUUUGGCACGCUGGUGUCUGAGGUUUGCGCAAACAACACAACAUACGCCGACAAGGGCCUUCAGGCUGCAGCCACUCUCUGCCUGGCGAAGCUCAUGUGUGUGUCGUCUGAGUACUGUGAGGUCAACCUACCGCUGCUUAUUACGAUUAUGGAACGCUCGCCGGACGCCACUGUCCGCUCCAACGCCGUGAUUGCUCUAGGUGACAUGGCCGUCAGCUUCAACCACCUGAUUGACGAGAACACCGACUUCUUGUACCGCCGUCUAGCAGACGACGACGCGUCGGUCAAGCGAACAUGUCUGAUGACGCUGACCUUCUUGAUUCUGGCCGGUCAGGUCAAGGUCAAGGGUCAGUUGGGCGAGAUGGCCAAGUGCCUGGAGGACGAGGACCGCCGUAUUGCGGACCUGGCGAGAAUGUUCUUCACGGAGCUCAGCACCAAGGACAAUGCAGUGUACAACCACUUUGUGGACAUGUUUAGCUUGCUCAGCGCGGGCAACAUGGACGAGGAGAGCUUCAAGAGAAUUGUCAAGUUUUUGCUGGGCUUUGUCGAGAAGGACAAGCACGCCAAGCAGUUGUCAGAGAAGCUGGCUGCCCGUCUGGGCCGCUGCGAGACGGAGAGGCAGUGGAACGAUGUGGCGUAUGCGCUGGGCUUGCUGCAGCAUAAGAAUGAUGAUAUUACCAAGAUGGUCUCGGAGGGCUUCAAGCUGGUGCAGGCUCCUGCUUAAUGCCAUCCGACUGUGUCUUGGUAAUGUCAUCAUCCUUAUGGUGCAGGUACCUACUUAAUGGAUGAUUCGUCUCUGUGUGUGUUUGCGUGUAUAUAGAAGAGUAAAGAUGGCGCCUAGAGUAUUUACUUAUUCAUAAUGAUAUUUUCACGUUUUACAUUUUAUGUGUCUAUGUUAGUGAAUGUGUUGACUGAUAGUUUUUCAUUGUCACAGAUUGGCUGAUGAUUAUUAUGUUUUCUUUUGUUUUGAUGUUUGUGCUUGUGGGUCAGUCAUAUUUUGCAAUUUUGUAAGAAAUUUUCUACGUCUUAUUAGGAUGAGAAUGGUGGGAUGAAUGUGUAUAGUAAUGAGUCUGGAGUUUGAC